ACCCUUCUUCUCUCUAGAUCCGCCAUUCCUGUCCAUUCGUAGCUGUAUGUACGUACACACGAGGAGCGUUUCUACACUCCAAGAUCUGUAAUCUGUUCAAUCUUCUUUCUCUUCCCCCUUGAUUUUGGAUUAAAAAUCAUUUCCUUUUCUUGUUUAUAUUUCUCUGCCGGAGUUGACCGUAUUUUCCGAUGGGUUCAGUGGAAGUUCUUCGCCCGCAAGACCCUUUACAGAAUCGAUUUAAUCAUCGGAACGCUAGUUUUGUGAAAACAGCUAUGAAGUCGAAGGUGAAUUCGUCGUCGAAUCCUAACCCUAACCCUAAUCGGGGAUCCGGGAGGGCAGAUCGGCAGAAGCGAAGGCUUCAGAAUAGAUCUACCGAAUCAGGUAGAGAUGGAGGUGUCAGUACCUCCAGUUCCCCGCCGGGGAAGAAGUCCACAGCGAGUAAUUUGUCCUUGGGGCAGGUGAGGAUUUUGAAACGCGGUGAAGUGUUGACUGAUUUGGCGUCGCUGAAUGAAGAUUCCAAGAGGGUUGACGAGAAGGGAGGGGAGAAGUCACCUGUUGAAGAUUUUGUGUUGUCCACGGUUGCUAGGCUAGGUCCUGAACCGGAAAGGAUGCCGAAAGAGAUUAGAUUCGGCAACUUCUUCGCCGGUUCUGCUUGCAUAACUUCUCCGCCUCCCAGCUCUCUGCCGCUUCCAGCCUUUUUUAAGAAGAAAAACAUACUUGGAGAAAGUAAAGAUGAUGCUACUGGGGAUUUAAGGCGUCUUCUGCGGAUCGAUCUGUAUUGAGCUUCUGCAAUUGAUUGCUCUGUUCUGUAGAUGGUUUCCCAGGAAUCCAUUCACAGUGAAGAUGAAGUUGUUUCAUGGCGAAGGGAUGUGGUUGAUUGCUUCUGUCCACAGAAAACUUCUCUUAUUUUUUCAAGGGGAAGGUGGGAUCAGAAAGGCAAUUCUCUCAAGUCUCCUGAACACUGCAAAUUUCGUGUCUUUGCUAUGAUGAACCAGAGAAAUAAUAUUAUUAUAUGUGUUAAAAAAAUGCGUUGUCUUCUAGUCUGUGUCUAGUUUAAUUUAAUUAUUAGCUUUCUGCAGUUUGAAGAAAUAAGUUCUAGAGUCUUGAGUCUGAUGGAAUUAAUGUAGUUACUAGUUGGUUGUAAUUGAGUCAUGUCUGGGUCUUCUUGACUUGUGUUAGGGCCAUGAUGGUCUCUACCAAGCAGUUUGGUAUCUUUAUAUUAAAAAUGGUUAUGUUUUCUUCAGUCUUUCUUGUCUAUGCUUGUCAUUUGGCAUUUCUCUACCAGACAAAAUACUGGGUUAAAUUUGUUGCAAUUUCAUAGUUUAUUUUUGGAGCAGGAAUCUUUAAGUAGAUUGCAAGAUAUAUAUGUGCAUUGAGCCUCUCUUGCACAUGUGAUUGAUGUUUUUAUCCCCGAAGAAUCUUGAGUUUGUUUAAGGGCUGGUAUAGCGACCACGUCUUGGGACUCUAAGGCUGAAAGCUUUACACUUUGUCUUUGUUUUCAGCUGUGUUUUACUCCUAACGUUGCCUAUGGUUCUCCCUCCAUGCUAAUUGCAGGAAGCUGCUCCUUCUCAGCGUUCAACCAUGAAAUUUGGUGUUUUUAGCAGGUACAUAUUAGUUGGCGUCUAUCUGCAUCUCCAUAUAAGCAAUGGUUUGGCUCUGGAGAACUACGGUUUAUUUGUUCAAGGAGUUGCUUGAUGGAGAAAUCGCAUUCAAAAUCAACUGUGGGUUUGCUGAAGCUUGAUGUUGAUUGCAGAUUAUUGCUUCUCAAAAUGAACAAUGAAGUGAUGAUGGUUUGCUUGCUGGCUUAUACUUGGGCUUUUAUAAUGGCACGAGUUUGUUGAUCUCAUUCCAUUUAGAUAUGGUCGGGUGUAAACGGAUAUUAAUCGGAUCGAAUAUGCCAUUACCCAAUCUGUAUCCGUUU